GUAAGUUUAUUACGGAGUAGAUUAUUUUGGGGCUUUGGAGAUUGGGCUCUAUUGUUAAUUAAUAAUUAAAUUAGUUUCCCCAAUUAAAGCCUAAAUUUAUUUUAUUUCUGGGUAAUCUGGGAUUCUGGGCUUCGUCCUGUUCGAAUUGGGAAAAAGGCGCUACUUGUCGUCAUCUUCGCGCCUGGACGACGACUACCACGCUUUUUCUUCUUCCGGUAACGCGAGUAACUAUGGCGAGCUGUCCCUAAUGCCAGGACGCCUAGUCGGCGAUGCCUAGGCGAUGCCGUGACAAGCUAGGAAAGGACAAAAAAUAGAUUUCCGAAGAGGGCAUUUUUGGGGUGGCAUGAGUAGCGCCAUUUAAGCUAAUAAUAAUUUAUUGAUUUUGUAACAAGCUAUCCAACAUACCUCCCGUUAAUUCUAGGUAUUAAGAGGACACAAUCAAAACCAAAAAUGAAUGAGGGACAACGUAGUCAUUUCACUAUGAAUUGUGCAUUGGAGAAGAGGACCACCACAUAUACAUGAACAAAACAAAAUGUGCUCUACCUUGGGACACUUCGCCAAUGUUUUCCUUUGCUUAAAAAAUGUUUCUUUUUCUCUUUAAAAAAUAUAUAAAUUUCAAACCGAUGCUUCUCCUUAAAUUAAGCAUAAAAGAAGCUGUAAGUAAGAGGAGUGCUUAAACAGUUAAACUUGACUUUCAUUUUUUCUAAUACACUUAAAACAUGUUUUCACCAAACACUUUUAGAUUGUACUUUUCCAAAAGCACUUUUGUUUUCAAAGUAAGGGCGUGUUUGGAACUGAUUUUGCUUCUGCUUCUUUUUUAAAGCAGAAGCAGAAUCAUUUUUGGUCUCCUCAAGCUUCUAAAAAAAUUGUUUCUAGAUGUAAAUUAGAACACUAGAAGUACUUCUAGACUUUCACCCAAACACUCCAACUUCUGCUCCUUGAAGGAGCAGAAUCAGUUUUAAGAAUCAGAUCCAAACGCCCCCUAACUUCACAAUUUUAUCAACUUUUACUACCAACCCUUUUUCCAAUAAUCACUAAAAUAAAUCACUGAUUAAAAGUAGAAGCAAACUUGGGUCAUUUUGGUCUAUUUCAGUUUUAUCUUAUUCACUUUGUUUUUUAAAGGUAUUCAGUUUGUUAAUCAAUGAUGACUUAUCAUUAUUUUGUUCAGUGGUUCAGCCCUAUAGUAGACAACAUAUUUUUAAUGUUGUUGUGGUUGUUAUUUAUUAUUACUAUUAUUAUUAUUAAUUAGAAGGUAAUAAAGAGACACAUUUGAAAGAUGAGUGUUGACCGGAAUGGAGAUUUUAUCGAACAACAAUUAAGUUUGCAUUAUUGUUUGACGUAGAGAGUAAUGGGUGGUGAAACAAUGUCACAUUCAAAAGAUGAGUGUCGCUAAGAUGUGUAUGUUGUGUUAGAUGUGUGGAGCUAUUAAAAAGGACAGCUUGAGGAAUGAGACACACACAAAAAGUGAGGAAGCACCUAUUGAAUAUAGGGAAAUCGCCUUGAGUAGGACUAAACUAGUUUGUAUUCCAAAAUAGGACUAUCAUGCUUGUUAUCCCUCAUCGUCGUCAUCAUCAUUAUCCCAGUGUCGCAAAGGCUCCCACCAACGGUGGGGUAAGGGGUCGGAGAGAUUGUUUCCGAAUAACCCAUGGUGAAAAUCGCGUCGAAAAUUGCAUGAACUGACUGCUGCUUCAUAACAAAGAAGCGCAAACAGUUAAGUGAGUCAUUUUGCUUUAUUUCAUCAUAUUCACAAGCCAAAAAAUAGUGAAUCUUUGGCUCUAUUGCAAAUUAUUCCCUAAAUAAGAAUAAUUAUUGUCAUGUUUUGGUAGUACCAGACUUUAAACAUAUCGGUAUUUUCCAAGCUUGACAAUAAUUACUCUUAUUUAGGUAAUAAAAACAUGGAAGUCCUACUUUGGAAUUCUGAAACAUUUUUACUCUUAUUUCAAAAAAAAAUCCCUUAAAAUGUGAGUCUCUAUUGCGGUGAUUUGACCAUGUGUGUAAAAUACCGAGUGAUGCACCUAUUAGACGAGUUGAGAAGUGGUGAAAAAAGGCGGGGGAGAGUGAGAGGAAGACCCAUAUAAACAUGGAUUCAAGGACUCAACAGCGUGAUGUGUUUAUGGAAGAAAUAAACUAGUCUUGAAAAUUAUGUGAAUCAAAAAAGGAUCAUGCAAGAACUAAUCAUAACAAAUUCGUUGAAUAGGAAUAAUAAGUAUAUUAAUGAAUAUGAGAGUUUUAAUGUAUAAGAAUAAGAGCAUAGUUGAUCAAGUUUUUUCGUGUCCUACAAAGAACAUCAACUAGUCUAUUUAUUCACAGACUUGCUUCUCCGUCUUGUUGUCUAACCAUCCGGCGAUAUUGCCUCCUAAUCCUUCGCUCAUGGGAGUUCAUUGGCCGGCUCUAUCUUCUUCUUUCAAAACGGGUCAUUCUUAUCAAUUGACUUGGCCAUCCUCUAUCCAUCCGCAUCUGGCUACCACAUGUCUUCUCAAAAGACUUGGCCUGAUCUCCUUUUUUUAUUUGUUAAAUGCCUUUCUGGCCCAACACCAAGCAAUUCUAGGGCCCAACAAUUGCCCUCAUUCAUGAUGACGAGGAUUGAUGUGCAGGAAACGAGAGUAUGAGACUGUCAUCAUGAAUUUAAAUGGCCAUUACUCCUUGAACAUCGCAUUUUUCUGCCACUAUCUUGCCUAUUGAACCAUCCCCCUUCGUUAUUUCGAAUUUAUUUGUACCUCUUUGUUGUCAUCUUCCUCUUCCGCUAUGGCAGCAGGCAGCCACCAAAACUUUCUCCUACGAAGAUAUUAGAUCCAAAGAACUCUAGACCUGUUGCCCUAUCGAUAAGGGAAAUCACCGCUAUUCAGUCAUCGUUUGGUUUUCCUGAAGUGACGUGAAUCCACUUUCCCAAAUAAGACAAAAAGGUCGAUGGGUACUGCCCUAGUUGGGUUAGCUUCUUUGCCUACCCUUUCAAGAUUGGGAUGUUAUCCCCGUUUUCUCCACUGGUCCAGGGAUUCCUCGCAAUCGUCAUGAUGCCCCCGGGCUCAAAUGAUGCCCCAAACAUGGCGAAUUCUCAAAGAUAAUGAAGUGUUAAGCGAGAAGUUCAACAUCCCCUUUGAAGCGUUGGAUAUUGGUUACACCUACGAUUUACGCACAUCUAGGAUCGGUCGCUACACCCUGACUGCCAAGGACAACCGUGAAGCCAUCGUAUCAUGUGUCGACAAGGUCAACGACCGUGGAUGGCAGACCAAGUUCUUCUUCGUCCAGAGAUCUUCCCUGCAUCCUGAUGGUUCAUUUCUUGAAGACGCUUGGCUAAAUGGUGAUAAAGGCUCGAUGUCUCUACGACAAGGGCUGGAGGCUGAGGAACGGACCAGGUGGAUGCUCGUUAUUGGCAUGCAGGACGGAUUGUACCCCUCUUGAUACCCAGAAAACUCAUCCAAAGGAAUUGACGUCGGUGACGAGAAUAGCAAGAGGGUAGUAGCUCUCCUGGCCAUUUUCUCUGUAAAGCUGCUCUUCCUCCUCCUCCUAACACCCGAGUCACAAGAUCAACUGCUGCUUCGUCUGCUGCAACGUCUUUUACUAGAGUAUGUAAGGCACUGGCCCCUGAAGAACUACUGAAAGCAGCAUCGAAAAGGAAGCCACUUAUCCUGUUCAGCACCUGCAUCCCAAGAUGGCCAAGCAUACGCCUUGCAAGAAUCUUCUCCCUUGUUCCAAUUCCAGCCAGAUCUCCUUCCGUUGCUUUGAAUCUCUCAUAUUCUAGCGAAUUUUGUCGCCUGGAGAACGCAUUGGUUAUGAGGAAAGGGAUUUCCCAACUGCUUCUGCCCUAAUGAUUUGUUUAUGGCCUCCUCUCCCUUUGCUUUCCAAGUAGACGCCGUGAUUUCUUACUAUAAUUUGUGAAUUUAUUGGCUUGAUCUUGGCGGAACCGUCGUGCCUGGAACUCCGGUAACAAAUUGUCAAAAAUAUUUUUUCUAGGUUCUGGACAGAGGAUGAUGGGUUGGAUGGUCCUGGAUUUCCAAAGAUCCUGGUAUUGGACUGAGGAAUGAACAGCUCUGAUGGGGCUGAAAUGACAGUCGACGUCGGCAUGCUCUAGGGUGAAAGAGUAUAAAGUAUAAACCCGUCAACCUGGGUCUGUCUUGCAACGAUUCCGGGAAGAAACAAGUCGGAAUGUUGGGAGUAGGUGUCACUUCUGGAAUAAGAGGUAUAUAGGGUAUAACCUAGGAGAUGACAGUGGAUUGCGGUUGGUUGGAUGGCGAGACGCCUAGUGUCAAGGAGAUGGGCUCUGUGGUACUAGACGGAGGUUCUGGGUGAAGCCUAAAUCCAACCUUGUCGCCACAGUCAUGGCGUCGCUUCUUCGGUUAAACCUUGAAUUGGAAGCUAUGGACGCCACGUCGCCACAUAUUGGACUUGAGAUCGCAGCAAAUCAUUCUCUCGGUGGAUACAUGCGAUUCUUUGAGCCGUCUCCUGCUGGAUCUCUUCCUUUGCGGUCUCGAGCUGCUCAUGGAAUUCUAUCAACAAUGAAUUGCUAAUUCUGGCCAUAAUCAGUCUUUCUCUUGCACGAUGCCCCACGGAACCUUAGGUGUGGAAGAAAUACUCAUAAUGAGCUCUUCUGGAGAACCAGAUGGUAAAAUGGUGGGUAAGUAGGUAAGAGACUCUAAACAAGCUACCG